AUGGGUAAAUUUACAUCAUCAAAAAAAACUUAUAGAAAGGAUCCAAUGGGAUUAGGUAAUGUAAAUGAAGAACAACCAUUCCAACCAACCGAUUUAAAUGAUGGCAAUACAUUAAUGAACGAAGAUUUAUCUCAAGCUAUUAGCAACCCAGGUAGAUUAUUAGAAUUAAUUUCUAGCCCAGAAAGCAUCGAAAGAGAUUUUGCAUUUAAAACCAUUUCAGAGUUUGUUUUAGAUAACCCAGCCUUCCUCGAAACUUUUAUUAAACCAGAUACACUUCGUAAAGCAAUUACAUACACUUGCGAUCCAGAUAUUCAAGUUCGUGUUGCAGCAAUUGGUGCUUUUAGAAAUCUUACUGUUGCAAAAGAAGAUAUCUGUGACACUCUUAUUUCACUUGAUAUUCUCACUCCAAUUUUAUCAAAUUUUAUUCAAGGAAUUAAUUAUAUCACUUCAUUAAGCGAAAAUGAAAUUAAACAACAAAAAUCUGUAGAAUCACAACAUGUUUUAAUUCAAAUUAUUGCUUUAAUCAAUAAUUUAUGUGAAUCAUCAGAAAAAGGUUUUUUAUUAGUUUCAAAAGAAUGUCAAGCAAUCUUAUCAACCUUGUUCCAAAUUUUAAUUAAAAAUUCUAUUUUUAUUCAAGAAUUAAUCUUAACCAUAUCAGAAUUUUUAACAGUUAUUACAGAUGAUAAUAAGCAAUUAAAUUUAACAAUUAACAAUGAUUUAGUAUUACAAUUAUUCAAUGUCGUAAAAGAAUCAACCAAUAUGAACACCAAAUUAAAAGUAUUAAUUUCAAUUACCUUAUUAAACAUUGGUUCAUUAUACAAUAAAGAAUUAGUUAUUCAAAGUAUUACCCCAAUCCUCCUCAGUGCCCUUCAAUUCCAACCAAUUCAAACUCUUACCCAACAUAUUAAACCAAUUUUAGAUCAAUCAAAAUCAGCCAAAGAUAAUUUUGAUACUAUCGCCAAACAAAAUGAAGAUGAAUUAGAAAUGGAAGAAGAGUUUGUUGAUGAUACUAUGGGUGAUGAAGCUGAAGAAACCACAAAUGAAAAUAUAGAAAAUAAUAAUAAUGUUGUCAAACCUAGUAAUAAAGAAAAAAGAAAAGAAAAAAGAGAAAAGAAUAAAGCUAAAAAAACCGCUUUUGAUUCUUUAUUAGAUAAAGAAAAAGUAUUUAAAGAUCAAAAUGAUUUAUGGAAAGAUUCAUUAUCAGCCCAACAAUCCUCUAUCGAAUUAUUUGUAAAUAUGUUAUCAGAAGCUCAACAAGACGAAUCAAACCAACAAGAUAAUGUUUACGAUGACGAUGAUAAAUUCUUAGAUAUCGAAGAUGGUAAUACUACCUCAUCCCAACAAAUACUUUCAACUAUUUCUAAAUUUUUAAUUUCAACUUCAUUAUACCAAAAUUUGGUAGAAUUAAUUAACAAUAUUAUAAGUUUCGAUUUAACAACAUUUGCCAAAUCUAAUGUUGAACUUUUAUCAAAUGUAGUAUCACUUAAAGUUGUUCAAAAGAGAGCUUUAACAUGUUUAUCAAAUCUUUUAAUUAUUUAUAUUCCAAAGGAAGAAACUACUCAAAAAUCACUUUGGGAACUUUUAACCAAAAUCUUCCAACAAUCAUUUACAACAAAUGAUGCUGAAAGUAUCGAAAUGAUUACAAACUCAAUCUGGUCAAUUUUAAGAACCAAUUCUAAUAUUGGAUUUACAUCAGAAAAUGAAAUUAAAAACUUAGUAAAUUUAGCAAGUGGCGCAACAAACUCAAUUAAAACCAAUUUAAUCGGUAUUAUUGGUAUUGUAGGUCAAAAACCAUAUUCCCAAAGCAUAUUAAAAGAAAUCGGUACAUUUUUAUUACAAUGUUUAAGCAAAGAUUCACCAGCCGAUAUUAUCUCUGAAUCAUUAAAUUCAAUUUUCGAUAUUUUUGCUGAACCACCUGUAAAUCAAAUUGCAAAAGAAAUUCAAAUGAUUCAACAAUUAGAAGCUUUCGUACCAAUAAUUAGAAAUAAGAUUAAACUUGAUAAGAAAAAAUUAGAUAGAGCUUUACUCGAUCGUUUAGAUGAAUCUAGAAUUAAUUUAUCAAGAUUUAUUGCUUAUAAAAAAUCACAAAAAUAA